GGGAUACCAGUAGUGGAGACUGGACAGCAAGUACUUUCACUCUAGAAGAUAAUCAUUCUACUCCUCCAAUCCCUCGGAUCUUAUUCUCAACCAUGGCACCACCCAAACCGCUCUCGCUCUCCACCAUCCCCAACCUUUCGCUCCUCUACCAGAUCCAUCGCCUUCCCAUUGACCCCAAGCCGUCCAUCGCCUACCCACCCAACGCCGACCUGAACGCGAAAAUCGGGCUCAUUCGAAACGACAUCACAGCCCUCUCGGUCGAUGCCAUUGUCAAUGCCGCGAACGAUUCAUUGCUCGGCGGCGGCGGCGUUGAUGGAGCCAUCCACCGCGCCGCAGGAUUCGAGCUUGUCGAGGAGUGCAGGACCUUACACGGCUGCGAAACGGGAAGCGCGAAGAUUACCGGGGCCUACGACUUGCCGUGCAAAGCCGUGAUCCACGCCGUUGGUCCCAUCUAUUAUCUGACGAAGGGGCAGGGGCUGCAUGAGAAGCUCCUCCGCGGAUGUUACCGGCGCAGUCUGGAGCUGGCGGUGGAAAGGGGCUUAAAGAGUGUCGCCUUCCCGUGCAUCAGCACUGGUGUGUAUGGAUACCCCAGUGUUGAUGCGUGCCGAACUGCCCUGAGCGAAGUGAGAGACUUCUUGGAGGGGAAGGAUGGCUCGAAGAUCUUGAACGUUAUUUUCUGCAGCUUCUUGGAGAAGGACGAGAAGGCGUACCAUGAAAACGCAAGCACCUUUUUUCCCCCAACAAGCGAGGAGAAUGCCCCGACUGCGCCAUCCGACUCCAAAGAGGAACAACCCGCAUCAUCUCUUGCAUCGAAACUUCCAGAUCCACCCAAGAAUGAGCCUGAUCUGGAGGGACAACCCAAACCCAAGCGUCAGAAGUCAACGUCUGGGUUCGAGGAUAUAGAUCAGGGGUGGGUCGCCGUGGAGCGAAUAAGCGCACAGGAGACGGCAGGCGACGACGUAGAUGAGGGCGAGCCGAGCAAAAGGUGAAUUCACAUUCACUGUGGAGAUGAAGUUCAACGAUAUUGCCAUUGAGUUUGGCUCGAUGAGGCGUUUGGUAUGGGAUGGGAUUACGAUGGAGAAUUCGCACCUUGAAACAGGUCGAUACUCAGACACGAAAUUCCAAGGCAUCAUGUAGCCAUGAAUGCAUCACGACACUACGAGAGUCCAGGUGAUAUGAAAUGUCAUAGAAUUGGCAGUAAUUAGUCGUCUAAAAUUCGGGUCUCUAAAGACAUCGUUUGGGCUAUAUGCCUCGAUAUGGGUAUAGUAACCAGCUGUGCAGUCUGACGUUUCGUCCCCAGCGAUCCAGUAGAUAUCCACAUCCAUAUCACACAAUUUUGAUGGUCGAACUGACGCGCCUCUAGCCCCAGCCAGAAGAAAAAUAUAGACAUACAAAAGCUCCA